GGUUAUCUUGUUACUGUAAUAGGUUUUGCAGCAACUAGUUGAUACUUUGUCUACUACAAGGUCGUCCUCGGAAUAGCAGACUUUAGCAAGCUUAUAAGACUAGUGGCUAGUGGUUCUGUUAGUGGUACAGUUUUGUAGAUAGUCUAAAGAGACGAUUUCCUCUUUUCUGCAUAAACCCUUCAUUUUACCUGUUUAUAACAUUCUAACGCUGGUGAAACUGCUAACAAAGUCGAAGCGUCUUUUUAACUUGCUAAAAUUUUGUUACACUACUUGGACAAUUUCAUCAUAGCAUGACAUCAGCACUAGGCUACUCGUUCAAUGAGCUAAACCAUCUAGGUUACGCAUUACUGAGCUGAGAAGAAAAACAUCUGAUCUAGUUUUGCCAAAUAUGGGGCACUUGGCAUAACAUUCAUGUCGCGUUUGCCAAACAUGAUUGUCAUGGAACCUUCCGAUGAGGAUGAGCUUGUGAACAUGGUGGCCACUGCGGUCCAAAAUGAUGACAGACCUGUUUGCUUCAGGUAUCCGAGAGGUGAUAUUGUUCGGAACAGCCUUAUUUGCCAUGGGAUGCCCCUUGAGAUUAGAAAGGCAGAGAUUCUUGCAGAGGGUGGAGAUAUUGCUUUUUUGGGAUACAGGGUGAUGGUUGAGAACUGCUUGAUAGCUUGGUGUCUUCUCUCCAGCCUUGGUAUACAAGUUAAUGUUGCCGAUGCAAGGUUCUGCAAAUCCCUUGACAUCAAGCUUGUAAGGCAGCUUUGUAAAGAGGAUGAAUUUUUGAUAACCGUUGAGGAAGGCUCUUUGGGAGGGUUUGGGUCCCAUGUUGCACAAAUCAUUUUUCUUGAUGGUUAACUUGAUAGAAGGGUGAAGAGGCGGCCAGUUGUUCUACCUGACAACUACAUAGAGCACACAUCUCCAAAAGAUCAACUUGUUCUUGCAGGCCUGACUGGACAUCACAUUGCUGCUACAGCUUGGAGUCUGCUUGGCCGAACCCGUGAUGCGCUGUUGUUGAUGCAAUAGAGAGUUGUUUUUAUAUCCAAUUAUUCCUCAAGUCUGGAUUGUAAAACUGAACAGACAGUAAUCAAUUUCUUUGAUUCAUUUAUCAUGAGUACAUAUUUGUACUUUAGAGUUGUUUUGUAGAGGUAAGCUUGAUAAUGCUUACAGACUGAAAUUGUGCAUAGUUAAAAUGUAGCCUUUUAAUCAGAUUGAUGUAUCUAUCUUGAAUGUGCUUCUGGCAUG